GCGUGACCGUAAAGGGGCCCGGCUCUGUCGUGAAAAGGCCGCAAAAAGGCCGAGGGCGCGUUGACGGCUGCGACUCCAUUUUGUAGGCCGCUUCGCUGUGUGCAUCCACGGCGAUUCUUCCCACAGAGUUGUGAAGCGAAAGGCUUACAAUUAAAAGGAAGAAAAAAAAAUAAAGAUAAUUCGGGAGUACAAUUGACAAAGCGUGUGGGUCGCUCAGCCUCCAGCAGUAACUGCUGAUCUCCAGUUCCUGGGGGGUUCCGGUGAGAAGAACGCCCCUACUGCGGUACUGAAGAAACGGCAGGAGGAGAUGCGGCCCCUGGACAUAGACGAGGUGGAAGCGCCUGAGGAAGUGGAGGUGCUAGAGCCCGAGGAGGAUUUCGAGCAGUUCCUGCUGCCGGUCAUCAACGAGAUGCGCGAGGACAUCGCGUCUCUUAUACGCGAGCACGGGCGGGCGUACCUGCGGACCAGGAGCAAGCUGUGGGAGAUGGACAAUAUGCUUAUCCAGAUCAAAACGCAGGUGGAGGCCUCGGAGGAGAGCGCCCUCAAUCACGUGCAGCACCCAAGUGGCGAAGCUGACGAGAGAGUGUCGGAGUUGUGCGAGAAGGCUGAGGAGAAAGCCAAGGAGAUUGCGAAGAUGGCAGAGAUGCUGGUCGAGCUCGUCUGGCGAAUAGAGAGAAGCGAGUCUUCUUGAAGGAGGAGAUCGGUGGUAAGGUUCACAGCUGAGGACUGUAGUCAACUGGUAAGGAUGAACUGACACCUUGAGGAAACUGAAACAGCUUGUCAUUUUCUCUGUUUUGUUUUUGUAUGUUUUUUACCCCCAUGUAACAGUCUCCCUUAUGGUCAGUGAUUGAUGACCUCGAUGUGGAUUUAGAUCACCAAAUAUGUUUGGUUCUGGAAAUAUAACUUUUGUCGAAGAAAUACUCUCAGAAGAGAAAUGGGGCUUAAUUAAGUUGUUUUCGUGGUCACGUUUAUUCUUGUUACUUCGCUGUGUUUUUGAAAUGUCGGGCAUGGCCUUGUAUUUUGCUGUUACCUUUGUGACCUGAUUGUUUUUUGGAACACUUCAAGACUUGGGAUCAGAAUCUUCCAACUUUAGAGGUGCAAUGGAAGACACUACACUACUUGGUUGAGCCUGGUGAAGAAUGUAUUAAUGAGACUGCUUUGCAUAAAGCUGGGAAGAAUGAGAAGACAGUUGGAGAUGGAAGAUGGUUUUGUAUAUAUUUUGGAACUUUAGUUCCUCUGUGAGACAAAAGAGGAGAGCUAUGUUUUGUGGCACAUUGUCUGAUAUAUAUUGUGUAACCUGUCAGGUGAGUCGAUUUAGACAACGUAGCUGACCUUUUAUGACGAGGCAGUUUGAAUAGGGACUAUUGUAAUACCCUCACACAUUAUAGGGGCAUCAGAGAAUGGCAUCGAAGAGACAGUCUACAGAGAGCUUUAAGAGGCCGGAGAAAGGAAAAGACAUUAUCAGGGCCUGGAAAGUCUCUUCCAGUUCAUCAGCGUAGUAGACCUGUCAGAUUGGAGGUCAAAGUCAAACGUAUAAUAAGUGUUAAUUUGCCUUGAAAAACAAAAACCUAAAAAGCCUUUUUUAAGAAAUAAAUUUUUUGUUCACAUGACCAAAGCCCCUCCUGUGUGUGCUAAUAAAAGAAUCAUAAACAAA